AUGUACGAAGUAUCAUCAUCAUCCAAGGUCAAAGCGGACUCGCUCUUGCCGCCCGAGAAAAGUGCCGCGUCCAGCAGCACCACGGCCAACACCAACGGCACUGCCUCUUGCACAUCCAACAGCUCGCUAGCCACCAAGCACGGCAUCGAGCUUCCCAGCGAAGAGGAUGCAGAGCGUCUCGGCUUCAACGUCUUCUCUCACAUUCUGGACCCACGGCUCCUCCGAGCGCUUGCUGAUCUCGGAUACGGCAUCCCAACACCUAUCCAACAGAAAGCAAUCCCACUCGCACUCGCCGGAAAAGACAUUCUCGCACGCGCACGAACCGGUUCAGGCAAGACACUAGCAUACGGUCUCCCAUUGCUGCAGAAGGUACUUGACGCCAAGUCAGUCAUGGCCAAGUCCGACCCGAACCAUCAGCUUACCCGAGCGCUCGUUUUGGUCCCAACCCGAGAACUAGCAGAACAAGUCUUGCGCCAUCUCUCUGUCAUUAUCGAGUAUGUUGGCGAUGAUAUUCGUCUCGUCAAUGUCGCUCGUGAUGCAUCUGAAAAGGUGCAGCGCUUGCUCCUCAGCGAGAAACCAGACGUUGUCAUCGCUACCCCAUCCAAAGCGCUCAGCUACCUCCAAAACGCCUCCCUCGACCUCAAAUCCGGCAUGGAAUCCCUCGCAAUUGACGAAGCCGAUCUCAUCCUCUCCUACGGACACGAUGCCGACGUCAAAUCCCUUCUCUCCGGCAACUACCUUCCUUCACACUUCCAAUCUUUGCUCAUGUCAGCGACCAUGACUUCGGACGUUUCCAAACUCAAAGGUUUGCUGCUGCGAAAGCCGGUAGUGCUCAAGUUGAACGAAUCGGACGAAUCAUCAGCGUCCAACCUGGUACAGUUCUACACAAAGACUAGCGAGGAGGAUAAGUUUUUGCUCGUAUACAUCAUCUUGAAGCUGAAGCUGAUCAGGGGUAAAGCGAUUCUCUUCGUAAAUGAGCUCGAGAGGGGUUACAGGCUGAAGCUUUUCUUGGAAAAGUUCGGGUUGAAGGCAUGUGUGUUGAAUGCAGAACUGCCUAUUAAUUCGAGGUAUAGUAUUGUGGAGGAGUUCAAUAAGGGUAGGUUUGAUUAUAUUGUGGCUACGGAUGAGCCGACUGGGCUGGGUAAAGCUGAUGCUGAUCAGGACGAGGAUAAGGACGAGGAUGAGAACGAAGAGGAGGAGGAGACAAGAGAAGUCGAAGAUGCUGGCGAGGAGGUUGCUGGAAAGAAGCGCAAAUCGGACACCGCUUCCAGCAAAAAGUCCAGGAAAAAGCAGAAGCAAAGCAAAUCCAAAACCUCUGCCGAAUUCGGCGUCUCCCGUGGCGUAGACUUCAUCAACGUCUCUUGUGUCAUCAACUUCGACCUGCCCACCACCGUUGACGGCUAUAUCCACCGGAUCGGCCGUACAGCUCGUGGUGGAGCUUCCGGUACAUCCCUCUCCUUCGUCGUACCCGCCUCAGAAUACGGUAAAUCGAAAUACCUCAAUUGUCCCUCGACCAUCAAGGACGAAUCUGUCUUGCGCAAGAUCUCGCGUUCAACCUCAGCGAUCGGAGGAGAAGUGCAGGAGUGGAGCUACGAUGCAUCCUCAGUCGAGGGUUUCCGCUAUCGUGUUUCUGACACACUUAAAUCUAUCACCAAGCUGCUUAUUCGAGAGGCGAGGAUUAAAGAGUUGAAACACGAGAUUCUUACCAGUACAAAGUUGCAAUCUCAUUUCCAAGAUCAUCCGGAUGAUUUGAGUUAUUUGCAACAUGAUAAGGCACUCUUGAAUAGCAGAGCUCAGCAGGGACAUUUGAAGCAUGUUCCCCAGUAUCUGGUGCCUAAGAUCAUCAACCCUGCUUCGAAAUUGACGGGAAGCACAGGAAGCACCUAUAAGGGUUAUGUGCCCAAGAACAAGCAUCUUGAUGGCAAGGACAGCAAGAAGAACCGUCUCAUGGGCGCAAAGAGUAAGAGUUCAACAGCGAAGGGCAAUGGUGUCAAAGGAAGAAAGAAGGCUGACCCUUUGAGGAAGUUUUCAAACAAGUAG